AUGCCAGCCAACCAUGAAUUGCUUGCACGCAUCACCGCCCGGCCGGAUGUAUUCGGUGGGAAACCCAUCAUCCGAGAUAUGCGGAUAUCGGUGGAAAUGAUCCUGAGCCUGAUGACCCAGGGAGUUUCAUCGGAGGCUAUUCUGGACGACUAUCCAGACCUCGAACCGGAUGAUAUCCGCGCCUGCACCGCCUACGCUCACGCGGUCAUCUCCGGAGACACGCUGGCUGCAGUGUCGGUCGGCGAGCCGUGA